AGGAGAAUAAUACACACUUGCACAGCGCGUGUUGUAGGAGUUUAUAUCCCAGUGUUUAUCUGGCAAAGUUAGCGUUAUUACCGAACAAUAAUCUAGCGUUAAAGUUGCAACACUUUAAAGACUGGUUAUUGUGAACGCCAUUUGAGGCGCUUUGGGGACUUUUUGAACGGAGACAGCUUCCCUGAGACCAACUCAUCCCAGCACUUCACCAUGGCAGAGACAACAGCCGCUCCAGCUGCGAAGCCCAAAAAGGCGAAAACCCCCAAGAAGGCAGCGUCGCACCCCAAAUACUCCGAGAUGAUCAAAGCUGCCAUCCUGGCUGACAAGAGCCGCGGCGGUGCGUCCCGGCAGUCCAUUGCCAAGUAUAUCAAGGGACACUACAAAGUGGGCGACAACGCGGACUCCCAGAUCAAACUCGCCCUGAAGAGGCUGGUGAGGACCGGGCUUCUCCGUCAGACCAAGGGCAUCGGUGCCUCCGGGUCCUUCAAAGUCGCCAAAGCCGAGGACACCAAGAAGCCAGCCAAGCCCAAAGCAGCAGUCAAGGCAAAGAAGCCAGCCAAAGCAGCAGCCAAGCCCAAGAAAGCCCCCAAGCCCAAGAAGGUGGCAAAGUCCCCGGCAAAGGCAAAGAAGAAGCCAGCGGAGAAGAAGGCAAAGAAAGCUGACAAGAAGAAGUCGCCCGCUAAGCCCAAAAAAGUAGCCGCGAAGAAAGCGAAGGCUGCCAAACCUGCCAAGGCGGCGAAGCCCAAAAAAGUGAAAACCGCGAAACCCAAGGCAAAGACAGCGGCGAAGAAGAGCGCAAAGAAGAAGUGAACUCAAAUGACAGAAGCAAAACACUGACGGACAUUUGACAAAACAUACCAGUGUACAUAGACUUUUUGAGGAGGUUUUGGUAUCUGUAAUUAUUUUUGUAUGGUCUUGUGCGGACUUGAAAAAAUACCCGACCUUUUUACAGUUUUUCUUCUCCGCCACUUUUGCACUAUAUUGUGAUAAAUUAGAUCCCAAAUUGUUUUAAAAUUGAGGAUCUUGAAUUGGAACGUGUUUAUGGCAGCACAAUGGCACUAUUUAUUUUGUGAUGUCCUCUAUCACUUGUAGCAUCAAAUCGACCUGUCAUUUGUAGGUGUGUUAUCGACCUCAUAAGUCUUUGUGUGUGCCGAUAUCUCAGACAAAAAUGAAGCAUUGGACGAGGAUAUUUAAAAAAAUAAUAGGCCUAUUUUUUUAAAGGCGGGUGUAUAUUUACUUUUAUCAAACUAUUUACGUUUGAUGUAGGCAAAGACAAACCCUGACUGGGUUUCUCUGAAAGGACAGCGGACUGUUGUAUAUUUUCAAGUUUUACCAUCAUGUAAUGUCUGUUCUGAUGUCCAGUUAUUGUUCACAUAAUACAUCCUUUAUACUGUACAAUAUUAAAAUAUCAACUUUU